AGCUAUCUCCGCAGGCAGGACUUGGUGGAGUAGUAGAUGCUGCACGGGGUUCCCACGUCCCAGUGGGUCCCAGCUACAGGGAGCCUUGGGGACCUUUGGGCCGCGGGGACUUGGAGGCGUUCUGCAGAGACACUCAUCAUGGCCUGCGAGAAGACGUGCUCGAACAGUCGGACCAAGUGGGCCCUUCUGGGCAGUGCCAGCGUGGCUCUGGUGAUCGCCAUUGGAUUGGUCCUGAGCUUUGUCCUGCAGCCACACAGCCCGCCAGACUGUGAGCCUGAGGCGGUGUGCCGCCCCGACGCAGACAUGCUGGACUACCUGCAGAGCCUGGGCCACAUCAGCCAGCGGGACGGCCUGCUGGUCACCUGGUACCACGCUGCCAACAGCCGGAAGGAGAUGGAAGCUGCCCUGAGAGGCAAUACCAUGGUCCUGGAGGCCGAUGUCACGGUAGAAGGACUCGACACAGUCAACGAGACAGGGGUCCCUAUCAUGGCGCACCCCCCAGCCAUCUACAGCGACAACACCCUGCAGCAGUGGCUGGAGGCUGUGCUGGCCUCUUCCCAGAAGGGCAUCAAACUGGACUUCAAGAGCAUCAAGGCUGUGGGCCUCUCACUGGACCUCCUGCGGCGGCUGACAGAGGACGGGAGAGUCCGAAGGCCCGUGUGGAUCAAUGCUGACAUCCUGAGGGGCCCCAAUGUGCCCAUCUCAGUCGAGGUUAAUGCCUCACGGUUCUUGGCCUUGGUCCAGGAGAAGUAUCCUGAGGCCACUCUGUCUCCGGGCUGGACCACCUUCUAUGUGCCCGUGUUCCCGAACAUGACAUACACCCGAGCCAUGGUGGAGAGGAUGCAGGGACUGGUGGGCGCACUGCCACAGAGGGUCACUUUUCCCGUGCGGGCUGUCAUGGUACGGGCUGCGUGGCCCCACUUCAGCUGGCUGCUGGGCCAAUCCAAGAGGUACAGCCUGACGCUGUGGCAGGGUGCCUCGGACCCCGUGUCAGUGGAUGAUCUCCUCUACAUCCGAGACAACACCGCACCCCACCAAGUCUACUAUGACCUCUUUGAGCCUGUCCUGUCGCAGUUCAAGCAGCUGGCCGCGAAUGCUACACGGAAGCGAAUUUACUACACGGGAGGCAGCCUGAUCCCUCUCCUCCAGCCCCCUGGCGGGGACGGUCUGAGUGUGGAAUGGCUGGUUCCUGACCUCCAGGGCAACAGGAGAAGAGCAACAGUCAGCCUCCCAGACAGAGAAGGCAUGAUCCUGCUAAACGUUGGCCUCCAGGGGCCUGCAGCCAAGGACACCGUGGCCAUGGUGCGUGCCCCAGGAGGUCCUGUCCUGACGCUGGAGUCCUGCCUGCUGCAACUCGCUGGGCGGCCUGGACGCUGGGGUAUCUACCUGCGCAUAGCCGAGCCUUUGGCCCUCCGGCCGGCCCUGACCACACUGGCCCACCUUUCUGCUCAUGGCCACCUGCUGCGGCCUGUGUGGAUUGGGGCCACAGUCUCCCACGGCAGCUUUGUGGUCCCUGGCCACGUGGCCGGCAGGGAGCUGCUGACAGCCGUGGCAGAGGUGUUCCCCCACGUGACAGUGGCACCAGGCUGGCCUGAGGAGGCGCUGGGCAGUGGCUACGGGGAACAGCUGCUUGCAGAUAUGCUGGGCCUGUGCCAGGGUCUCUGGCAGCCUGUGUCCUUCCAGCUGCAGGCUGGGCUACUGGGCCGGGACACGGCUGGGGUGGUGGCCAGGCUGCUGGCAGCCUCGCCCCAGGCCACUGUCACAGUGGAGCACAGCUCUGAGGGGGGCGGCUAUGCACCAGUGCGGGAGGUGCUGCUGGCUGCCAGGGCUGUGGACAGGACCCGAGUCUACUACAGGCUGCCUCAGAGGGACCGCGAAGACUUGCUGGCAGAUGCUGGCAGGAACUGAGCACCUGCGGGGGCUGGGCCGGCGGUCGCCUGGGUCCAGGCUUUCCACGGCUGAGGCAGCAAGGAAUAAAUGCUCCUGUCUUCCUCGA